AUGGUUGCCUGGGGAAAACAGAACUGCUGUGUUGGCAGAAUACAGGAGGUUUUCUUGAGGUUCAGGGUUGUUCUAGCAGUCCUUUUACUUCAUUUGUUCCUGGCUAUGGCAGGCAAAGAUCAGGAGGGUUUCCUAGGAAAAUACAAAGCUGUUUUUAAGACUGCAUGUGAAGAUCCUUGGAUUAUGUCACCAAGGAUUUCUUUGCAUCCCUUGAAAGAAUUCAUUGUCUGUGUGCACGUCAAGCUGUAUUCCUCAGACAGACCUUGGACAGCCUAUGUGUACUAUCAAGAAACACCUCACACCAAUCCCUCUGGAGAGGAGUAUGAGCUUGGACUUACAGGAGAUGGUGGUGAAGUGAGGAUAUGGUUGUUUGGAAAACAAAUAAAUACAAAAGCAAAACUUCAUGAGAACACUUGGUAUGAAAUAUGUGUCCAGUGGAAAAGUGAAGACGAGGAGAUGAAGUUAUUCAUAAAUGGAACCAAAGAAGCAAACAAAAAACUACCUGGGAAAGUUAAUCUCCCUGGGAAAGGGAAGUUCUUACUUGGCUGUUCAAAGCUGCCAGGUACAGCUGUGUCACCUAAGCUGGGGAUGACAGGGGAGUUGUACAUGCUCAGGAUGUGGGAUAAAGCAGAUCUAAGGCAGUCUCAUGACUGCAAGGACAGCGGUGUGAUACGCUGGAGAAAGGAGGACUGGCUCUAUAAUGUGACAGUAGAAGAGGACAACUCUCUGCCAUGUGUUGAAACUACUGCUACGUUGCCUGGCAGAACACAAGUAACAGCUGAAAAUUCAGGAGAAUCAGCUGCAACGACCAUUUCUGAUACGACUUCAGAGGAGACCACACCAUCUGCAGAAACUCUUCACAUAACUGAUUCUUACCUCACCACAACACCAGCAGAAGAAACCAUUUUAUGCAACAUAUCACCUGUCUGCAAUUCUUCAGUGUUCUACGUGGGCAAGGUGAAUCUUCAGGCAAGUGAAGAAAGUAACACAUCACUAAAUGUAGACAUAAUUAAUAACAUCAGCACCAACAAUCAAGUUACAAAAUUAAUUGCCAUUCCAGCACCUACCCUGCAAGAACUGAGUAUUUCAGAGUUCAACAAAACCUUGCAAGCAGUAAGUGAGUCCUCUGUUAUGAAAUGCAGUGCAGAAAACCAGAGUAUCCAAUGUCAUUUCAUCAUCAAGCUGGCUGAGAGGGCAAAUAUUAGCAGUUUAACAGACAAAGCAGAAAUAAGCCAAAUUGACCGCUGUUGCUGUUCAUCACUCAAGUAUUGUUCCUUGACUGCUGAAGAAUUACAAAUGUAUACUAUCCAAGUGCCACAUCACUCUAUAUGGGUUCCCACCCAUCAUUCUCCUCGCCCUAAAAAGGUUCUCUCUUUUGUUUCCCCCACCACUCUUUCUACCAAACAAAGCCCCACAGUUGGCCCACUGCCCCCACCAUUGAUAAAAUCCCAUUCUUCUGGAAGUCUCUCCACAUCUCCCACUCCAAAUCCUCUCUUUGAAACUUCUACCACAUCUACUACUGAAGCUUAUGUGUCUUCCACCACUGUUACCACUACACUUUCCUCUUCUGAGUCCAUUGCUCAACCUGCCACCCCAGCUUUUCCUUCCACAGCUUCUAGUAAAUCUCUCACUGUUGCCACACCUACAACAAAAUCUGUCACUAACACAGGUUCAUCAGCUAAAGCUGAUGCUACACUUCUUAGCAACCCUGUUACAGUAAUUCCUCCUUCCCAAGGUUUCACUAAACAUUCUGCAGCUUCUUCUUCUGAGCUUCCCCCCAAACCUUCAAUAGCAAUUUCCCUCUUGGAGACCACCACCAAACCUGUAACCCAAAUUCAUGUCACUACAGAUCCAGCCCAACCUGUUUCUGGUAUUAAAAAAGUUCCUACACCACCUAUUCUCCCCCUUACUCCUUUCACAAUAACUUUGACCCCUGCUGUGAGUCCUGUCAACCACUCUGUCUCAGCUUCUCAUCCUCACUCUACUGCUGCUGGCCAUGGCAGCCUGCCUCAUGGGAGCACAGGGAAGACACUGUCAGCUGACACCUACACCACUUCUGUGUACAGCACCAUCAGUGUCAGCACAGCUGAGCAAAUUGUGUCCAAAAUAGAAACUGAGGUAGCAGCUGGAAAAGUAGAGCCAAAGGAUGUGGAAAGGAUGGUCAGUGAGGUUAGCAGGGUCCUGACUGCUUCUCAGCCAUUACCUCCCCGGAUUUCUAACAGAGUUAUAAAACUGGUGGAUUCUAUUGGCUUGAAACUCAACUUUUCAGCAGCGUCUGCUGAUUUUGUCUCCCCUUCCUUGGCUCUGGCAGUUGUCAAAACCAAUCGCAUCCGUUCCAACCAAAUGUCUUUUGCUGUCCAGGACUCAGCUGAUCUCCAGAUCUCUCUAGGCAUUAAAGCAAUUAGUGAUCUAAAUAGCCUUGGAUCAAUUACACUUCCUUCAUCACUGCUGACAAGUUUACACCCUGGAGAGUUGGACUUGGCUUCUAGAAUUAUAUUCAACUUCUUUAAAAAGACCUCUGUGUUCCAGGAUCUGUCCUUGAAGAAUGCAUCUUUAAUCAGCAAUGUUAUAUCCUCAAGUGUGGCUAACCUCACAGUUAGCAACUUAAAGGAAAAUGUCACUGUCACUUUACAGAACAUCAAACCUAACCAGGAUAAUUCAACAGUUAGAUGUGUUUUUUGGGACUUCAGUAAAAAUGGUGGACAUGGAGGCUGGUCAUCUGAAGGUUGCAUAGUUAAAGAAAGCAGAGUAAAUGAAACAGUCUGUUCAUGCAAUCACCUCACAAGCUUUGCAGUUUUGAUGAACCUGUAUGGAAAUACUCCUUUGAAUCCCACACAGGAAUUGGUGCUGACUUUUAUAUCCUACAUAGGCUGUGGCCUGUCUGCAAUUUUUCUUUCUAUUACUCUUGUGACCUACAUUGCCUUUGAGAAAAUCAGGAGAGACUACCCCUCCAAAAUCCUCAUUCAGCUGUGUGCUGCAUUACUUCUGCUCAACUUAGUCUUUCUCCUUGACUCGUGGAUUGCACUCUAUGACACACGAGGCCUCUGCAUUGCAGUUGCAGUAUUUCUUCACUAUUUUCUCUUGGUUUCCUUCACCUGGAUGGGCCUCGAAGCUUUCCACAUGUAUCUGGCCCUUGUGAAAGUCUUUAACACCUAUGUGAGGAAAUACAUUCUGAAAUUCUGCAUUGUUGGCUGGGGGCUCCCAGCUGUAGUUGUGUCCAUCGUGUUGGCAGUGUCACCAGACAACUAUGGACUCAUAACCACUGGGAAGGUUUCAGUCAACAGGCCUGAUGAAUUCUGCUGGAUUAAAAAUCGAGUUGUCUUCUACAUCACUGCUGUGGGAUACUUCUGCCUGAUCUUCCUGAUCAAUAUCAGCAUGUUCAUUGUUGUGCUGAUCCAGCUGUGUCGGAUCAAAAAGAAGAAACAGCUUGGUGCUCAAAGGAAAACCAGCAUUCAAGACCUUAGGAGUGUGGCUGGCCUCACAUUCUUGUUGGGAAUUACUUGGGGAUUUGCUUUCUUCACAGUAAAUGAGGUCUUUACUUACCUCUUCACCAUCUUCAACACUUUGCAAGGGUUCUUCAUUUUUAUCUUCUACUGUGUAACAAAGGAGAACGUCCGUAAACAGUGGAGAAGGUAUCUCUGUUGUGGAAAAUUCAGGCUGGCUGAAAACUCUGACUGGAGCAGAACUGCUACCAAUGGUUUGAAGAAGCAGACUGUAAAUCAAGGAGUUUCCAGUUCUUCCAAUUCCUUGCAAUCAAACAGCAACUCCACCAACUCUACAACGCUGCUGAUGAACAAUGACUACGCAGUGCACGCCAAUGGCAAUGGCCAUCUCCCCAGUGAGAAGAGCAGCGUUUCGUUCAGCCUGCAGAACGGGGACGUCUGCCUCCAUGACUUGCCAGGCAAACAGCUUGUAGCUGAAGAUAAGGAUGAUGCAAGCAGCCAAAAAAGCCACAUCUCCCUCAGAAGGACUUCCAAGAGGGGCAGCCUCACUUUUAUGGAGAAAAUGUGA